AACAUGGGGGAUGUCAAACUGGUAUCGACUCAGAUCUCCAAAGCGACCUUAACUUUGAACCACUCUUCUCUAAGAACUCCCACUGCAACAGAAGCACCAGCAUUUAUUCUAUCUCCACGAAAUAUCCAGGUGCCAAUCGGAGGCACAGCAAAAUUUGAAGGACAGGUUAGAGGCAACCCUGAACCUCAGAUCACAUGGUACAGAAAUGAGCACCUUGUCACAGGAGAGCGCUGUGUAGCAAAUUGCAGCAUCGGAGGGAUUUUCAGCUUGAUGAUUAAAGGGGUGAAGGAGGAAGAUGGUGGUCUGUAUACAUGUCAGGCCAGAAAUGCUGGUGGGAUUCGCCAGGUGACUGUGGAAUUGACAGUGGAAGGAAAAGUUUUGAAGAAAUAUAACUUGCCUUCCAGUUCCAAAAGUUCUGGGGGUCAGUCUACUGUUCUACCUAUAGAACAACGGCCCAGCAUCUGGGGCGAAUGUCCACCCAAGUUUGCUACAAAACCCAACCGGGUUAUUGUACGAGAAGGACAGAAUGGUAAAUUUUCCUGUAAGAUAACAGGGCGACCUCAGCCUCGGGUCAUUUGGUUCAAGGAUGAAAUUCAGGUGCAGAAAAAUGAUCGUUUUAACAUGUUUGAGAAAGCAGGCAUCCAGUUUUUGGAAAUCCAAAAUGUUCAGCUGGCUGAUGCUGGAAUUUACACUUGUACCUUGAUGAAUAAUGCUGGGAAGGCUUCUGUGACUGCAGAACUCAUGGUUCAAGGUUCUCUAAAAAGGGAUGCAUGUUCUCAACCUCUUUGCACAUCAGUAAAACCCAGUGCCUCUACAAAAUCCACCAAUAUUACCAAAGCUAUUGAAACCUCAGAGAUCAGAAAACCCACCAGCAAUGGGAUAGUUAAAGACCUCAAAUCAACUACUACAGAGCUUUUGCUAGAAUCCAAAGAAAGGCCAUUGGUGAAAAGAGAAAUUCACCUUGUUCCACCCAAAGAAGCCAGAGAGACUCAAUUGCAACAAGUGAAGGAACCCAGCAGAGAGCCACCUAAAGAAGAGAAGAAAGGUCAACAACUUCUGCAGAAAACAUCAAGCACUAUAACUCUUCGCUCUGUGAAAGUACAGCCCGGACCAAAGGCAGAAUUGAAGGCGGUUUCCUCUGAACAGGAAGUUAAUGGAGAAAAAACAAAGCAGUUACUGGUAGCAGAUUGGCAGGAUGCGUUGUCUACCAAGCCAGAUAACGUGACCUCUGAAGAAUUGGAAAAUAAUGUUGGGUUAAAGAAGAAUGCCGCAGAAAUAAAGAUUCAGAGAAUCCCUCCGCAAUUUGAGUGUCGGCCUCAGAGCCAAGAAGCUUUGGAAGGAGAAGUGGUUACAUUUAGAUGCAGAGUUUCAGGGAAACCCAAGGCAACUGUUGAAUGGUUCAAAGAAGGAGCCCUUCUGGAAACGGGAGACGGCAUCCUGAUAUAUGAAGAAGAUGGAGUCCAUUGUUUAUGCCUGAAAAAUACUCAGCUGGAAGACAGUGGAUUUUACUCUUGCAAAGCUUUCAAUCCUGGAGGACAAGCUUCAACCAGGUGGCUAUUGACAGUAAAAAGGCCUAAAGUGAAGGAGGUACCUCCCCAUUUUCUCCGAGUCCUGAAAUCCUGUCACGUGAGUGAAGGGCAAGAUUUUACCCUUCGAUGCUCAGUUGAGGGGAUACCUGUUCCUCAGAUUACCUGGCUCCUUAACGAUCAGCCAAUUCAAUAUGCGUGUUCUGACUUUGAAGAUGGAAUUGCAAAAUUGACUAUUCAAGAUGCUUUACCAGAAGAUGAUGGAGUAUAUACUUGUCUGGCAGAAAAUGCUGCUGGAAAAGCUUCCUGCUGUGCUCAGGUUACUGUUAAAGCAGAAAAGAGGAGCAGAAUUAAACUAGAAAGUGCACAUCCAAUUGCAGCCAAUAAAACCUUUCCUCCAGUCCUUCUGAAAGGCUUAAGUGAUCUUAAGGUAAUGGAUGGAAGCCAAGUGAUUAUGACAGUAGAAGUUUCAGCUAAUCCACCUCCUGAAAUAAUUUGGCUUCACAAUGGUAAAGAAAUCCAGGAAACAGAGGAUUUUCACUUUGAGAAGAAGGGCAGUGUGUAUCGCCUCUGUAUCCAAGAGGUAUUUCCUGAGGACACAGGAGAAUACACCUGUGAGGCCUGGAAUGACUUGGGAGGAAUUCAUACUGAAGCAACCCUGACUGUACAAGAACCUCAAGAUGGUAUUCAGCCAUGGUUUAUUAGCAAACCACAGUCAGUGAGAGCAGUAGUGGGGCAGAACAUCAUUAUUUCUUGUGCCAUUGCUGGAGAUCCAUUCCCCACAGUUCAUUGGCUCAAAGAUGGAGAGGAACUAACAACAGAAGCAGGCUAUGAAUUCCUACAAAAUGAAGACAUCUUUACCUUGAUUAUAAGGAAUAUUGAACCUUGUCAUGCUGGCCAGUAUGAAAUACAACUCAGAAACACUGUUGGAGAAUGCAACUGUCAGGUAUCUUUGACGCUGGGAGAAAGUUCAUUUUCCAAAGAAGGAAUGCAAAAAAAUGGGAGGCAGAAAGUACGACAAGAGGCUGAUUGUGGAGAGGAUGCACUGACAUUCAGAAACAUCAGUGGCUCCUUCAGGAGGAAUACUGGGGAAGGCCAGCAAGUGGAGGAAGAUCAGGAAAGUGUCCGUGGAGUACUUAAAAGACGAGUAGAAACCCGAGAGAGCACAGAGGAGAAGCUAAGGCAACAGGAGGCUGAGCAGAUUGACUUCCGGGACAUUUUGGCAAAGAAAGUUAAUACCAAAAGUUUUUCUGAGGAGGAGUUGAAGGAAAUCCCAGCCAAACAAAUGGACUUCCGUGGUACCCUGCAACGGCAGGUCAAGCCGAAAACCUUGUCAGAAGAUGAAAGGAAGGUCCAUGCUCCACAACAGGUAGACUUCCGUGGAGUAUUGGCAAAAAAGGGUACUCCCAAACCUUCCUUGCCAGACAAAGCAGUGAGUUCAAAGCCAAGCACCCCAGAUUUUAGAUCUGUGCUUGCUGCAAAGAAAAAAACACCAACUGAGAACGGUGGCCCUGGGACUCAAGUCCAGAACGUGAUUGCCAACUCUGAAGUACAGAAAUCUAGUGCCAGCAAUAAAGUGCCAAACAUCAGCAUCACCUCUAAAAAUCCUGUGACAUCCAAGAAAUUGGACACUGUCAAUGCUACUUCUAAACUACCAGAGACCAGCACUGUUUCAGAGUCCCAGGAUACCAGCUCUAGAUAUAAAAUACAGAAUGCCAGCACCAAGAAUGAAAACCAAGUUACUAACUCCAGCUCUGAAAUGUCGCAUGUUAAAUCAAGGGAGAAAGAGAAUAAGAAUGACAAUAAUUGCAAAGGUGACUGCCCAGCAGAAGUAGAUGGGCGGAUAAGUGAAGAUAAAGGAAAAGAUAACAAAAAAGAGCCUGAGGGAAUAGCACCAACCUUUACUGAAAAGCUGCAGGAUACCAAAGUAGUAGAAGGUGAAAAGCUGGUCUUGCAAUGUCAGGUUUCCUCAGAUCCACCUGCUACUAUCAUCUGGACUCUGGAUGGCAAAGUCAUCAAAUCAUCAAAAUUUAUUGUUCUCUCCCAUCAAGAGUCUUUAAAGUCAACGGAAAAGAAGACCAAAAAGCCAAAGACUUCACUGGGUUCUGUACAUGGAACAGAAAGUGAAGCAACUGUAAAGAAGAAACCAGCUCCAAAGACUCCACCCAAAGCAGCUCUUCCUCCUCAGAUUGUUCAGUUCCCAGAAGACCAGAAAGUAAGAUCUGGUGAAUCAGUAGAGCUAUUGUGCAAAGUAUCAGGAACCCUGCCUUUAACAUGUACUUGGAUGAAAUUUCGGAAGCAGCUCCAAGAAAAUGAACACAUCAAAAUUGAGAAUGCUGAGAAUAGCAGUAAGCUAACCAUCUUCUCCACAAAGCAGGAACAUUGUGGAUGUUAUACUUUAGUAGUGGAAAACAAGCUGGGAAGCAAGCAAGCACAACUUAACCUUACAGUUGUAGAUAAGCCUGAUCCUCCAGCAGGAACUCCCUGUGCAUCUGACGUUCGGAGUUCUUCCCUCACCCUUUCAUGGUAUGGCUCCUCGUAUGAUGGCGGAAGUGCGGUGCAAUCCUACAGUGUGGAAAUAUGGGACACAGUAGACAAGAAAUGGACAGAUCUCACCACUUGCCGCAGCACUUCAUACAGUGUCCAAAAUCUUCUAGCUGACCGGGAGUACAAAUUCAGGGUGCGAGCUGCUAAUGUGUAUGGGAUCAGUGAGCCAAGUCAAGAAUCUGAGCUAGUAAAAGUAGGAAAGAAAGAAGAAGGCCCUAAAGAAGAAGAAGAAGCUGAAGGAUCUGAUGAUGAAGAGAAAGAAACAGAAUUUGAUUAUCGGACAGUAUCUAUCAAUACAGACCAAAAAGUUUCAGAAUUCUACGAUGUUGAAGAAAGAUUGGGAUCAGGGAAAUUUGGACAGGUUUUCCGACUUGUUGAGAAAAAAAAUGGAAAAGUUUGGGCAGGAAAAUUUUUUAAAGCAUAUUUAGCUAAGGAUAAAGAAAACAUAAGGCAAGAGAUCAGCAUAAUGAACUGUCUGCACCAUCCAAAACUUGUCCAAUUGGUAGAUGCUUUUGAAGAGAAAGCUAACAUUGUCAUGGUAUUGGAAAUUGUUUCUGGAGGAGAGCUCUUUGAAAGAAUCAUUGAUGAGGACUUUGAACUGACAGAGAGGGAAUGCAUUAAAUACAUGAAACAGAUCUCAGAAGGCGUACAAUUCAUUCAUAAACAAGGCAUUGUACAUUUGGACUUGAAACCUGAAAAUAUUAUGUGUGUCAACAAAAUUGGUACAAGAAUCAAGCUGAUUGAUUUUGGACUUGCACGAAGAUUAGAAAAUGCAGGUUCUCUGAAGGUCCUUUUUGGAACACCAGAAUUUGUGGCUCCAGAAGUUAUAAAUUAUGAACCUAUUGGCUAUGCUACUGACAUGUGGAGCAUAGGAGUCAUCUGCUACAUCUUGGUCAGUGGUCUUUCCCCUUUCAUGGGUGAUAGUGACAAUGAAACCUUAGCUAAUGUUACCUCAGCCACUUGGGAUUUUGAUGACGAAGCUUUUGAUGAGAUAUCAGAUGAUGCUAAAGACUUCAUAGAUCACCUUCUAAAGAAAGAUAUGAGAAAACGGGGAAUGCUGUUCGUGCCAUAGGAAGGCUUUCCUCUAUGGCAAUGAUUUCUGGCCUGAGUGGACGGAAGUCCUCUUCAAGUUCACCAACAAGCCCUGUUAAUGCAGAGAUUGAAGCUGGAGAUGAAACAGCCAGUGCUCUCUUAGAAGCAGUUGAUGAAGAAAGGCCUCAUGUGAAACCCUAUUUCUCUAAAACAAUUCAAGAUAUGGAAGUUGUGGAAGGCAGUGCUGCUAGAUUUGACUGUAAAAUUGAAGGUUACCCGGACCCGGAAGUGAUUUGGUACAAAGAUGAGCAAUCUAUCAAGGAAUCCCGGCACUUCCAAAUUGACUAUGACGAAGAUGGCAACUGCUCUUUGAUUAUUUCUGAAGUUUGUGGAAAUGAUGAUGCCAAAUAUACUUGCAAAGCAAUUAACUGUUUGGGAGAAUCAACUUGUACAGCAGAACUUAUUGUGGAAACGAUGGGGGAAGAGGAAGAAGAAGAAGAAUGAAUCAACAGAAGAGGAGAAAAACCACUCAGUUGAAGACUCUUUAAUGCUCAUGUAGUGUGACAUUAGGUCAUAGUUUUCUUCAUUUGUUUUAUAAGCAGUGUGGCUGACACCUGUUUUAUUUAUGGGCAUUAACUUGAAUUAACAAGCACUUUAGUUGGCUGUUGUGCUUGGAUUUAGUUUAAGUUAAAGCAUAAGUUGCAGAGCCCAGACAACGAAUGUGAACACACCAUAUGAAGCUAAUCUGCUAAAAUCAACUCUUUCGUAAGCAUAUGAUCAGGAGAGAGGAACUGGAUAAGUAUACUAAUUGUUUCAUCAAGCAAUAUAGCUAGCAAAAAUGCAUCUUUGGUGUCCUGUGACACCAUUGAAAUAUGUAUGAAUGAAGUACAUUUGGUGCAUUAAAAUUUUAUCUGCAAGGGGCCCACUGGAAAUACAAGAAUAACACAGAAAGCUUCCUGAUGGGAUGCAAAUUUAGACUCUAAUUAGCUUCUCUUAUCAAACAGAUACUAAAUAUAGGUAAUUAUAAUUAUCUCAAUGCCAUCUUUGCAACAUAUUCAGGUUUGGGGGGAGGAGUUCCACCAGUGGCAUCCCAUUAACAGCAUUUUGUGUCUUUCUUAACUUUCCCCUUGAGAGUUAUUUGUAAAUUCAAAUCAAAAAAACCUCAAUUUCAGAGUAAGUUAUUACAAGUUCCCCCCCAAAAAACUAAUACAGUUUUGAGUCCAGCAAAAUAGCUUGACAGUUCGGUAGAUUGAUCUGAAAUCCUGUUUAGAAAAUGAAAGACAUUUUCCCUAUUUUUGGUGGAUUUUCAUACUGAGUUGUAUGUUAUUGUGAUCAUCAUGGUAA